GCAGCCUUGAACUCCUGACCUCAAGCAAUCCUCCCACUUCAGCCUCCCAAGUAGCUAGGACUAUAGGUGUAUGCCAUGACCAGCUCAUACUUAUUAAAUGGAUUUAUUAAACCAAAGUCUGAGACUUCUUAUUCUUCCUUUAGAACUCCUUCUUAGUUAGAUUUGAGCCUAUUGAUUCAUCUUGCUAAAGUUGAAUCCUGAUUGUCAUGCAAUGUUUCUCUUAAAUUGUGUCUCCUAUAUUAAUAUAUGUUGCCAGUAAGUGUGACCCCAAAAUACCCUCAUGCUGGUCAUGAAGAAGACAAAUGUAGCAACCUAGUAUAGACCAGUGCAGUUCAAUAGUCUAACAGCAUAGAUAGAAAAGAGUAAUUCCCAAGAUAAUAACAUGGAUAGUAUGUUGAUGUGGGAAAUGUGAAUAGGUUCAGUACUGGGAAGACAGGUGUAGGCAAAACACCCUCAAUGGAAGUUUGGAACAGUGUUGGGCAAGGAAAGAGAAGAUGAGUAGGAGAAUGGCAGAGAGAAACUCUCCUUCAUUUUGUCUGGUGUCAAAAAGAAAAAAAUGAGAUGUUUCAUUUUUAUUUUACUCCCUAAUUUCAGUUCCAGUUAAAAAUAAUUCAGCAGUUUGUUAUAUGUGGCUUAAAAUUUUUCAUUAGCUACAAAUAGAGAAGAAUUAUUAAAUUUAGAACACUGCAUAUCUUAAGAAUACAGGACACAAGGAGCUUCAGCUGUAUUGGGUGAUGUUUUUGCUCUUAAGUCAGAUGCUGGGCUCACAGAAGUUUAUAUUCUUGAUACUUUUAAAUCUGAAAUAUUUCAUAAUUAGAGAAAUAGUAAAAAUAUAUUUGGAUUUUAUGUUUGGCAUAGUAGUGUAAUUUAUUUCAUUCAAAUUCCUGAUAAAAAAUGGUUAUGGAAGUGACUUUCCUAUAUCUCUAAAGUUCUAUAUUAUUUCCAGUUUAGCAGAUAAGCCAAGCUUAUCACUGUGGCUCUUCAGUCUAAUUAUAUAUGUUGAUAAAAAUAAAUUCAAAGACGAGGGUUAUAGUAAAGAAGUAAACCACAUCAACACUGUAGAAUGAACUCUUCAAAAUACAAAAUCUGAAAGGAAUUUUGUAUACAGAUUUUUACUGAUUUUCCAGUUAUGCAGUUAUAAAUUCACAAUCCUAUCUUGAAAAACUUCCAGAUUUUUCACAUAUUCUGUUUUUAUGAUGACUAUAUUAUUAAAAAGAUAAACAUAUUAUUGUCUUCAUUUUAUAAUUUUUAAAAUGGGAACAGAGAAGUCAGAUGAUUUAUUUGCUAUUACCAGGAAAAUAUGGUGAUCCUUUGAAACAUUUGUCCCUCCUAUGAAUUCUCAUCAAACUAUAUGCUUCUAUCAUGGCACUUAACAGUCAGUCAUAGGGAGUAUAUGGGAACAACAAAGAUUCACCUUCUCCCUUUCCUGCUAAACCCACAGAUGUAUCCCACAUACUUGAAAAAUAAGGAAAUAAGACCCUGAGUAUAGAGAUUCCUCAAAAAUCAAACUUAUAUGAUCCAACAAUUCCACUUCUGGGUAUAUAUCCAAAAGAAGUGAAAGCAGGAUCUUGGACAGAUACUAAUAGUUAUACACCCAUGUUCACAGCAGUAUUAUUCACAUUAGCUAGAAGAUGGAAGCAACCCAAGUAUACAUUGAAGGAUGCAUGGAUAAACAAAAUGUGGUAUAUACAUACAGUGGAAUAUUAUUCAGGUCUCAAAAGGAAGACUAUUGAGGUACAGGUUACAACAUGGAUGAAUUUUGAAGACAUUAUGAUAUGUGAAUUAAGCCAGUCACAAAAUGGCAAAUACAUGAUCUCACAUGAAGUAACCAGAGUAAUUGAUUCAUAAAGACAAGUGGAAUGGUGGUUGCCAGGGGCUGAGGCAGAGGAGGCAAGAGGGUUUAUUGUCAGUGGGUACAGAAUUUCAGUUUGGGAAGAUGAAAACGUUCUGGAACUAGAUGAUAGUGGUAUUUGCACAGCAAUGUGAAUGUACUUAGUGCUUUUGAACUUUAAAAUGGUUAAAAUGGCAUAUUUUGUUAUGUGUGUUCUACCACAAUAAGAAAACAUCAUCUAAAAGUUAAACAUUCAGCAAACAAAAAGCAAAAACAUCUUCCAAAGGUAAGAUUUGAUUGACAGUAUUAACACUAAUAAAAGAAUGUUCUACACCAAAAUACAUAGCAAAAAAAAUUUAAAAUGAGAAAGGAAAAAUGACAGUGUAUUUAACAUGAAAAAUGUAAAACAGUGUGUGAUUCAAGUGGAAAGGGAAGCAUUAGGCUUGAAACAUUAGCCAUUAAGUAAAAGUACCAAACUCAUUUCUAUUGCCUCUAUUCCAUAUUUACCAAGCAAUCUUCUGAUUAUAAUUUGGAUUUGGCCUUCAUUGUAAUUUGACCAACAUGAAGAUAAUGAUCAGCACACUCAACUAUCCUAGCCCCCCCCAUUGUUGCAUUUCUUGUAAAUUAUUACAUUAGUAUUGAUUAUUACCAUGAAUAUGCAUCAUUUACAUCACGUGUAAAUGAUUUACACAUCACUUUAGCAAUUUGUGGUGUGUGACUCAGUACCCCAGAAAUCAAGUCACUUUUAGACCUGAUAAACAAAUUUCAAGCCUAUAAAAGAAUCAUAUGUUGAAACAAAUAAUCACACCAUGGGCCUGCCAGAUUAUAGAUACAUCUGCGACAAGUCAGGCAGCCUUCCCCAAGCAGCUCCCUCUCUUCAGUGCACACUUUCCAUUCAUAUUUCCAUAAUUCUGUACUGCCUAUUGUCUUCUGCCACUAGACUCUAAGAUCCUUGAGGACAGAGAAUGGAUCUUAAUCUCUUAAUCCACAACAAUCAAGUUCUUAGCACAAUCGAAAGAACCCAAUAAAUUGUGAUAAACGAAAAUGAAAUCUAAUAGGACAUAGUUAGGAAAUAAAUAUUGAAAAUAAGAUUCUUGAACAUUUUUUCUGAAGGUUACAAAUGGAAAUUAAAAUUAUUGUUACACAUAAAUGCAGUUUUUGAAAAACAUUAAGUUCCAACUAAAAAAAUUCAACAUUCUGGUAAUUAUGAAUUUAUCUGUAUAUAUCCUUAGACUUACUUCCCAACAUGUGAUUUACUCAUCUUUUAUACCCAGAGCUUCACACCAUGCAAAGCACAGCUAUAUAUCCCAGUCCUGUCCAAACUUGGUUACUAAAACCUGAAAGUCUAGCAGGGGAGAAUAAAGAUUCUUAGAUGAAUCUAUUCAAACAAUGAUGGUUAACCAAUAAAAGAAAAAAGAAAAAGACUAAAGGAGGGGCAGGAAUAAGACUACAUACUAUGCUGAAGGUUGCGUGCAGAUAGGAUUUUUUUUAAGGUAAGUGAAUAUUUACCACGGCUUCCUUUUUUUUUGUAUUACAAAAAUACAAAAAUAAGGUAGCCCCAGUUUACGCUUCGUGAAGCGGAAGUAACUGUUUAGACUGUCCGACAGGAAGCACUUCCAUUCUCUGGUACAGACUGUUAGGGGCGUUGCUUGUUUCCACCGUAUUUGAUGAAAGUAAUGGGUAUCGCAGCCUACACCUUUAGAUUUGAUGAUAGUUCAUAGUUCCCACAAAAUGGAAUGACGAACAGUCUACUCCAUCCUUUUCUCACAGUGGCAACCAAAUUCUAGCCAAAGGCAAAAAAACCUUUUUUUUUUUUAAUGUAGCGUAGUGUUUGUAACGAUCUGUGUAGUCAGACAAACCUGCAUUUGGACUCCGCUGGAUCAGUCACUAGCUGCGUGACCUUGUAGAAGUCUUUUUACCUACAAAGCUGGGAGAAAUGGAUGGGCGCACACUGCGUCUGGAUCAAAGACACCUUUAAGCUUUUGUUUACUAAAAAUGCCGCCCUCUGGGAAUAGCAGCCGAUCCCGCAGUAGGGGCACUGACAGUGUUGAUGACAUCACUUCCGGGGCGCCAGGUUCGGGCUUUCCAGUGCUGGAGGAAGGGCAGUCGCCUGUCCUAGAAAUUACCUAUAGAGUAAGUAUGCUAAUAUUGAAUAAGACAGCAGGAGUUUUUUCUAAACCAUCAAAAAGGAAAGUUUAUGAAUUUUUAAGAAGUUUUAAUAUUUAUCCUGGAACACUAUUUCUUCAUAAACUAGUAUUGGGAAUUGAAACCAGUUGUGAUGAUACAGCAGCUGCUGUGGUGGAUGAAACUGGAAAUGUAUUGGGAGAAGCAAUGCAUUCCCAAACUGAAGUUCAUUUAAAAACAGGUGGGAUUAUUCCUCCAGUUGCUCAACAGCUUCACAGAGAAAAUAUUCAACGAAUAGUGCAAGAAGCUCUUUCUGUCAGUAGAAUCUCUCCAAGUGAACUCUCAGCAAUUGCAACUACCAUAAAACCAGGACUUGCUUUAAGCCUGGGAGUAGGCUUAUCAUUUAGCUUACAGCUGGUAGACCAGUUAAAAAAGCCAUUCAUACCCAUUCAUCAUAUGGAGGCUCAUGCACUUACUAUUAGGUUGACCAAUAAAGUAGAAUUUCCUUUUUUAGUUCUUUUGAUUUCUGGAGGUCACUGUCUAUUGGCAUUAGUUCGAGGAGUUUCAGAUUUUCUGCUUCUUGGAAAAUCUUUGGACAUAGCACCAGGUGACAUGCUUGACAAGGUAGCAAGAAGACUUUCUUUAAUAAGACAUCCAGAGUGCUCUACCAUGAGUGGUGGGAAAGCUAUAGAACAUUUGGCCAAGCAAGGAAAUAGAUUUCAUUUUGAUAUCAAACCUCCCAUGCAACGUGCUAAAAAUUGUGAUUUUUCUUUUUCUGGACUUCAACAUGUUAUUGAUAAAACAAUAAUGCAAAAGGAAAAAGAGGAAGGUAUUGAGAAAGGGCAGAUCUUGUCUUCAGCUGCAGACAUUGCAGCUGCAGUACAGCACACAACAGCAUGCCACCUUGCAAAAAGAACACAUCGAGCUAUUCUGUUUUGCAAGCAGAGAAACUUGUUAUCUCAAAGUAAUGCAGUACUGGUCGUAUCUGGAGGUGUUGCAAGUAACUUAUAUAUCCGCAAAGCUCUGGAAAUUGUAACAAAUGCGACACAAUGCACUUUGUUGUGUCCUCCUCCCAGACUGUGCACUGAUAAUGGCAUUAUGAUUGCAUGGAACGGUAUUGAAAGAUUACGAGCUGGCUUGGGCAUUUUACACAACAUAGAAGGUGUCCGCUAUGAACCAAAAUGUCCUCUUGGAGUAGAUAUAUCAAAAGAAGUUGGAGAAGCUGCCAUAAAAGUUCCACGAUUAAAAAUGAAGAUAUGAUUUUUGCUUUUCAUAAAAUCCCUAAAGGUAGUAUUAAUGUUAAAAUUAAGUUUUGAUUUUUUUUGUGUAUCAAAUUGUGGAAGAUAUAUAGUAUUAAUUAUUCA